CCUGUAGGAGAAGAAGUGAACUUUCAAGUUCAGCUACGCGGAGCCUGUUUCUCCUAAAUUUGGAAGGGUGGCAAUGGACGCUUAUGUGAUUCAGAUGAAUGGCAAUAGCGCCCUCCCCGCAGUUCGGGAUGUGCAAGUCAACAUUGGUGGGAGAAGCCCCUUUCAGGGAAAACUGAAAGGCAGGAAAGCCAGAUGGGCUGUGAAGCCCUCGGAUAUGUCCAACAACACUUUCAACCCCAUCCGGGCCAUUGUGGACAACAUGAAGGUGACGCCAAAUCCGAGCAAAGCAGCAAUCGCUCUGUCAAUUGGGGACCCAACGGUGUUUGGAAACCUGCCUACAGACCCUGAAGUGACACAGGCAAUGAAAGACGCUCUGGACUCAGGGAAGUACAACGGCUAUGCCCCAUCCAUUGGCUACCUAGCCAGUCGAGAGGAGAUUGCUUCUUAUUACCACUGCCCUGAGGCACCCCUGGAAGCUAAGGAUGUCAUUCUGACAAGCGGCUGCAGUCAGGCGAUCGAACUCUGUUUAGCUGUGUUGGCCAAUCCAGGACAAAACAUCCUAAUUCCUAGGCCUGGCUUCUCACUCUACCGGACUUUGGCAGAGUCUAUGGGAAUUGAGGUCAAACUCUACGAUCUGUUGCCUGAAAAGUCUUGGGAGAUUGACCUGAAACAAUUGGAAUCUCUGAUUGAUGAGAAGACAGCGUGUCUCAUCAUUAAUAACCCAUCAAACCCCUGUGGGUCCGUUUUCAGCAAACAGCACCUUCAGAAAAUUCUGGCAGUGGCUGCAAGACAAUGUGUCCCCAUCUUAGCCGAUGAGAUCUAUGGAGACAUGGUCUUUUCAGAUUGCAAAUAUGAGCCCCUGGCCACCCUCAGCACCAAGGUGCCCAUCCUGUCCUGUGGUGGGCUGGCCAAGCGCUGGCUGGUUCCUGGCUGGAGGCUGGGCUGGAUCCUCAUCCAUGACCGAAAAGAUAUUUUUGGCAACGAGAUCCGAGAUGGGCUGGUGAAGCUCAGCCAGCGGAUCCUGGGACCCUGCACCAUUGUCCAGGGAGCCCUAAAAAGCAUCCUGCAUCGCACGCCUCAGGAGUUCUAUGACAAGACGCUAAGCUUCCUCAAGUCUAACGCCGAUCUCUGCUAUGGGGCAUUGGCUGCUAUCCCUGGACUCCGGCCAGUCUGCCCUUCCGGGGCCAUGUACCUCAUGGUUGGCAUUGAGAUGGAGCACUUCCCCGAAUUCGAGAAUGACGUGGAGUUCACUGAGCGGUUAUUUGCCGAGCAAUCUGUCCACUGCCUCCCGGCUACGUGCUUCGAGUACCCGAAUUUCUUCCGGGUGGUCAUCACCGUGCCCGAGGUGAUGAUGCUGGAGGCCUGCAGCCGCAUCCAGGAGUUCUGUGAGCGGCACUACCAAGCUGAGGGAAGCCAGGAGGAGUGUGACAAAUAGGCCUUCGUCCAUCCUCCUGAAGAUGUGUCUCAUUCAGAGCGGGCUCGGCUGGCCUGCUGCUCCCCUGGGAAUGGGUGCCCCUAUGGGGAGAGGGCCCUCAAAAAAACACAACACCACAUCAAGAGCACAGCAUGCUUCUGCUUUCCUCCCUAGAUCUACAUAUACACUCUGGGGCUCAGGGUCCCCUCACACUCUUCUCUGUGGGAGGGACUCCCUAGCUCAUUAACAUGACCCCUGCCAUAGGGCUUCUCCUUUUCCCGGGGAAUACUGGGUGAGCGGAGUUUACAAAGGUGCAGCAGAGACAAGGAAGGGAAGAAAGAAAACUGGAGAGAGAGAGAGAGAGAACUUGAGUGCUCCCACAUUUCCUCGCCCUAACAGUAAGAACGCACUUUCCCCAGUCAGGUCGGAAGCCCCACUCUGUGCCAUCCUCACUUCCGGAACCCCUCACUGUAUGCAGUGCAGCCAAAGCGGGGAACAAGAGGGCACACCUGUAUUUAAUAAUCACAUCCUAAAUGCAUCAGGAAAAUUUGCUCCUUGAAGGAUUCCUGGCUGAAAUAUUUUCUUGGAUUUUUUAGGGGUGGGGGUGGGGAGGUGGAAGCAUUUUGUGAUGUAAAGAAACAUCUUCUUAAUUGAUCGACUUUGUAAAUUCACAUCGAUAUGUCUCAAGCUUUCGUAAAGAGGCACAGCAGUGCCAAGGAAAGGAGAAAUCAGAGGCUCCCUCCCCCAAAAUGCUGCUGAGUCAGAGCCAGGAAUAUCCUCCCUUGUGAUGGAAUCUUUCUUCCUUUUGCUAUAACAUUGAUGUUGAUUUAUUGACAUAUAUUAUGUUAUCUUUUCAUAUGUUUUGUAAGAAACAUUUAUAUUGUCAAGAUUCUUUAUUUUGGCAAGGGCAUAAAUUAUUAUUUUUCUUCUUUUUUUAAAAAAUAAAAUGUACUAACGAUG